ACUACAAACGUCUACAUACGAAAUACAAACGAUUGCAUAUAGGAGUUAUUUAAAAAUACGUUCAGUCGGCGUCAAGCAUGAGCGAAUCUGUGCGACGCGUUACCGCUCGACGUUCCCAUGAGAAGGUACCUUUAUAUUAUUGGAGAGAUCUCUUUGCAUCGUCUUAACCUCUAAUCGUAACGUGUCAACAUGGAGACCUCGGAUUUGGACGAUUUGAGCACGGAGAUUCAAGUUGAUAAAAACGAGCUUGAUGGAGAGAAUGUACGAGAUUCGCGAGAAGAAAUCGACGACAGUCCGCACGGUGAUGAGGAGCAACGAGAGAAAUUGAUACGGCUGCCCCUAGGAAGAAUAAAAACCAUUAUCAAAAUGGACCCAGAAGUCAAUUUAAUUAAUCAAGAGGCUGCGUUUCUGGAAUUUUUUAUUGAGUCGCUUGCAAAGGAAGCUUACAAGUAUACCGCACAAGCAAAGAAGAAAACUGUUCAAAAGCGUGAUGUAGAAAACGCCAUUGAUAACGUGGAUGCACUUGUAUUUUUGGAAGGUAUGCUCGAUUAAUCGUAUAACGUCAACGAUGUCUAUUAUUAUAGAAUUGAAGAAAUUAAAUAGAGAUAUCUUUAGGUAUUACUUAGGUACAAUAAUAAAGAUAGUACUGAUAUUUUUGUAUCUACGAGCAUUGAAUAUUGUCAAUGGCCAAGAUUUUCGAUAUUGUAUAUAAAUAAUAUUUUUAUGCAAUAUAAUAAAUGGAAAAUUUUUACAAAUUGCUCUUUCAUCUGCCAACGUAAGAAUUGAUUUAUCCGUUGAAGUUUUAAAUAAAAAGUCCAAUUAUAUUCGAACCAAGGUGGCUGGGUCGAACGAUCGAAGUAGACAGAUAAUCAGAGUUGUAUUUUAUUUUGUAAACAAAUAUAUUUUAAAUCGAAAUUUUAUUUAUAUAUAAACAACACUGUUUUUCUUAAAUUCUUCAUCGAAUACUCGAAAAGUAUGUGUCGAGUGAAUAUGCCACAUUACACACGAAAGCGUCAAACUGAUUAGACUGACAUUAAUUGAAAAGAAAUAAUGUUUAAUAGCGAGGUCAGUUAAUCCGGAUGGACAGAUAAUUCACACUCUACUGUAUCAAUCUUCCCCCCCCCCCCCCCCAAGUCUUACAAGUGAAUAGUGAAACGUACUCUGCAAAGCGAUAAAUGUGCAUUUUUUGUACGUGUAAGAAGAAAGAAAAGUAACUCGGUUUGAAAUUUAUUUAUUAUGUUUUUCAUUGGUACACAACAGAUUGUUUCAUUUAUGUGUUUGCGACGCUCUGUGAAAGGAAAGUUACAUAGUAAAUGACUUAUAUAUUAAAAUUCAUAAGGUAUUUGCAGUUGAACAAUUACGAUUUGUAUUAUGGACACCUUCGUUCUUAAUUUGUUUUCUAAUCGAAUUAAUCUUUAUAAAAUGAAUGUUUUCUCCUAUAGUAUACUAUUUUACAUUUCGCUAUUUAACUAUACAUAUGCGAAAUGAGAAAAGCGCGAGAUGAAAGCAAUGAUCUUUACUGUUUGCGCGUAUCUUAAUUAUUCAAACAAGGGCGGAAACUUGAAAAACAAGUUGAAAAUAAAAUUUUCUUCAUUCCCGCGAUUGAAUUGAGAACGCGAAUGCUCGAUUAUUCAUUGCUUUUUAAUCUUUCUAUCUUUACUACACUAUGAAGCACUUGUCGAAAUGAAAUUUUCAGUCCGCGCUAAUGUUUCUGAAUAUUUUUGAAUUUCUAUACGCUGCAGCUGAUUGCAUCUGUAACAUUGCAUAUAUAUGCACAUGUUCCAAUCUUCCUUUCUAGAGUCUUUCACAGUAUAGCUGUAUAUGUAAAAAUUUUUUUAAGAAGAUGAGAAUUAGGAUGCUAGUAGGAUCAUUUGAAGAAACUAAACUAUUUCAUAUAGCAGAGUAUAUCAUCAGAAAUGUUUCUAAUAUAAAUAUAUAUGUAUGUGUAUAACUUAUACAAGUAACAAAAAUAAAAGAAAAAUCAGUCUUCUUCAUAUUUGCCAAUUCUAUAUUUAAGCUACGAGUGAUAGUUGUUUAGAAACUACUUGUAUUGAUGUAUUUCAAUUACGAGGUUAAUAUUAAAAAAAAAAGACGAAAUGAGAUAAAAUUUGUCGGUUUUAUAAUGUGUAAUCUGAUAUCCUUACUCUUUUUCAUUCUGGAAGAACACAAUGUUACAUCAUAUAAAUUGUCUAAAUGCGUAUAUAAAAAUUUUUAUGUUCAAUCUAGAGUUUUGCGACGCAUACAAUACUUGGUUUCUAGGAUCAUUAUUUGGCAUCUCUAUGUAUAUAUAUAUAUAUAUUAUUUUGGAGAGUCAACAUAUUUUUAUGCUUUCAAAUCUGCAAAAUGUCACGCUUGCCGAAUCAAAUUGUCAAAUUGUCGCUAUUGCCCUCCCAUCUAGUUGCUCAACGUGCCUAUUUAGUCGAUACGAUGUUUAGUACACGUACAUUUGUCGUGAACACAAUUUCUCAUAAUCUCAUAUUGCGUAUCAGUCAGAUGUUAGCAUGAUUUCAUGAAUAUUCGUAACACGUAUAUGCUAAGGUUAAUUGUUUAAGGAUAAUGUAAAUUUAAGAUUGCGUAUAAUAUGUAUAUGCGUUCUAUAACUAUGUAAUGCGCGCACUUGGUAAUUAUACAACGACGAUGUCAAA